UCCACCUUUCAUUAUCCAUCCAUCAUGACAGUGUCUGAUUGGGGCUUGACAAAUGUGGACAAUCAAACAUUCCAAUACUGCUUUCCAGACAACAAUUUGUCUUGUACCAAAAGUAUAAGACCAGAAGUGGAGUACAUUGCUGUGUACAUUUUUGUUUCUGUAACAUCCGUGUUAACCGUGUUUCUCAACUUGUUAGUGAUUAUCUCCAUCUCACACUUCAAGCAGCUCCACACUCCGACCAAUGUGCUGAUCCUCUCUCUGGCCAUGGCUGAUCUGAUCGCAGGACUGAUUCUCAUGCCAGUGCAAGGAAUGCAACUCAUUGAGCCAUGCUGGUACUUUGGAGAAAUGUUUUGUUCAAUAUUUCCUCUUAUUCUGUAUGUGGUUGUCAUAGCAUCUCUUGGUAAUAUGAUUAUUAUAUCUGUGGAUCGGUUCAUUGCUGUGAACAACCCUUUGCGAUAUCCAGUGAAAGUCAAUACUAAUAGAGCUAUUGUUUCUAUUGUUGUAAACUGGUUAUUCUCCUUUGUAUAUUCAUUUUAUCUAUUGUAUGACUUUUUACUCCAUCCAGAGAAAAAUCACACAUGUAUUGGGGAAUGUGUACUUGUUGUUACUAUGGAAAAUCUAAUAAUAGAUACUUUCAUUUGUUUAGUGGCACCUUGCUGUAUAAUUAUUCCUUUGUAUGUGAAAAUCUGCUUUGUAGCAAAACGGCAAGCUAAUUAUUUAAAUUCAGUUACAGAAAAAAAGGCCAAAUCAGAAAAAAAGGCUGCAAGAUCCUUAGGGAUUGUAGUAAUGGUCUAUCUUCUUUGCUGGAUGCCAUACUACAUAGCUACUCUUUCUUUUGGGCAUGAUGAAAAUGAUGCUCUUAUAAUUAACAUAAUGAAUUGGAUAGUAUGCAUGAAUUCCUGCAUGAAUCCACUUAUCUAUGCAAUGUUUUAUAAAUGGUUUAGAGUGUCAGCAAAAUACAUUUUGACACUGAAAAUAUUUGAACCUUCAUCAGAGUAUUUUAAUCUGUUCCCAGAAGAGAAAUGACCAUUUAAAUGCUUGCAUGAAUAGCAUGAAGAACAUAUGUAAAUAAGAUUAUCUGUCAUCAAAUGGAAUAGUAGGGUUUUUGUGUUAAGCACUAUUUCAUAAAACUUUGGAUGAUACCAGUGCAACAAUUAUGUCUGUAAAAAGUUUAAAUGUACUUCCUA